AUGACGUGCACAAGAGCUUCAAUAGCGAUUGCUUUGUCGCUUAUGCUCCUAAUUGCAAUCUUUGUCUUGAUCAUGGUCCAAGAAGGAUCUCAAAGUCCAGGACAAAAGGGUCCUUCGUCGCAUUUGAGACCGAUCCAUAGUGAAAACGAGAAUGCUGAAAACGAGAACCACUCAAAUGCUGGAAAAGAUGUACCAUCUUUGCUUUGGAGCGACGAGUUUGAUGGCGAUGAGCUGAACCCACAGUAUUGGUUAUAUGACACUACCAAAUCACUCUUAGAGCAGCAACAACAAAAUGAAAAUCAACUGCAGGAUGAUAUCAAGUUGGAUCCAGUCAAUAUGGACUUCGAAUACUACGAUUCUCAUGCAGUUGUCGUAAAAGACGGGCUGCUUACCAUUUCCACCCAGCAAGUUAUCAAUGCUGCGGUUCCCUUUGUGUCUGGAAGAAUAAAGACUCAAGAGAAGGUUAUGUUCCAGUAUGGUACUAUUGAGGCUCGCAUACGGAUCAGAAGCAGCUGUGAACCCGGUGUCGAUGUCUGUGUCAGCUCGCGCAACCUUUCGCCUUCCUUAUGGACUCGGGGCAACGGAUCAACAUCCUUUGGAGAACCGACAAUGGGACAAGUGGACAUAUUCACCGCAUCUAUCCCAAAGAGGAGAAGAGCAUUGGCAAAUGGUCACCGAAUGUUAUCGUCAUCGAUACCAACACAAUCGAUACUAUUAGACAGCCAGUUAGAAGCAAACGCAAAUGGAAUUGAGAAGGACUUGGAUUUAGACCACUCUUGGAACGGUCACUCGGGAGCAACUUGGAUCACAUCCGAUCCGAACAGUGACAGUGAAAGACUCAUCAAAAAGUCGAUGCAUGAUGAUUUUCCAAUUGAAAACUGGAUGAAUCAAGACUUUCAGAUUUACACGUUCGAUUGGACACCGACUCGAAUGGCAACUUAUAUUGACGACGAACUCGUCUUUGAAAUGGACAUAACAGAUGGAUCGUGUGGAGACUGCCAAGAUUUCCAUCGACCUCACUACCUGCUAUUGGCUAUCACAGUGUUGGAUUCGCCAUCAUGGGCAUUAUCGUCCUCGUCAACACUGGAUCUGACGGUGGACUACAUCCAUUUGUUGGACAACGGGUUUGCCAAGGUUUCCACGAUGCCUGAUGAGACAAGGCGGCAGCUGUGA